AGAUCGCCACGUACACUCCUAAUCACCGUCUUGAUCAUCGUCGGGGCUGUUACGGCUAAUUUACAGACGCCACCAUCUCGAGCCUCCCCGUUCCCCAUUGCACCGAUAUGAUCCCACGGAGAUCCACAAGAUCCCUUCUCCUCACGGCCGCCUCGCGUGUCUCCCGCCUCCCUUCUGCUGCCGCGACUAACCCCGCCGCCGCACUACUCCGCCCGCCACCGGAUACGUCGGAGUCCGAAUCCGGCCCUUUCAGGUCGGUCCUAUCUUCUUUCCUUCCCUUUUCACCGCUCCGCGUUGGCGGUUCCCGGAGCUUCGCCUACUGGUCCUCUGCGGAAAGAGUUUGCGUGAGAUUUUGUAAACGGCGGUUGUCUAGUCAGGCGCGGGUUGAUGCCGCCGGCGGUGAGGUGGUGGACGUUCCUCUAGCGCAGACUGGGGAAGGGAUUGCUGAAUGCGAACUCUUAAAAUGGUUUGUAAGCGAGGGUGAUAUAGUAGAAGAGUUUCAGAGACUCUGUGAAGUGCAGAGUGACAAAGCAACUAUAGAAAUAACUAGCCGGUUUAAAGGAAAAGUUGUUCAGAUGCUUUGCAUACCUGGUGACAUUGUAAAGGUUGGGGAAACUUUGGUGAAGAUACAAGUUGAUGAUUCUCAAACUCCUUUCACAUCUGCAGGAGAUAUAAAUGUUACAUCUGGAGGUGUCUGUUUGACUGAUCCUGAUUCCCCAAUAUCACCUAAAGCAGAAGCAUCUGGAGGUGUCCUAUCUACUCCUGCUGUAAGGAAUCUUGCCAAAGAGUUGGGCCUUGUCUUAAAUGAUAUUCCUGGGACAGGAAAGGAUGGGCGGAUUCUCAAAGAAGAUGUCCUUACAUAUGCUACAAGCAAGGGUCAUUGCAAAGAACAAUCAUUUUCUUCAGAUAGUAUUGAUGGGCACACUAAUGAACUUGAGCUGCUAAACCAAGAUAAAGGGUUUUAUGAAGAUAAUGUUGAUGAUGUACAACAUGAAGACAAGAUAAUUCCAGUCAGGGGAUUCCAAAGGUCUAUGGUUAAAUCAAUGACCAUGGCUGCAAAGGUGCCACACUUUCACUAUGUUGAGGAAAUAAAUUUUGAUGCCCUUGUAGAGCUUAAAGCAGCAUUUCAGACUGCAAAUAAGGAUCAGAAUGUGAAGCACACGUAUCUUCCAUUUCUGAUAAAGUCUCUUUCAAUGGCAUUGAAUAAAUAUCCCCUACUAAACAGUUCCUUCAAUGACGAAACCAAUGAAAUCUUCUUGAAAGGUUAUCAUAAUAUAGGUAUAGCGAUGGCAACUACAUAUGGUCUUGUUGUGCCAAACAUAAAGAAGGUUCAAUCACUUACAAUAUUGGAGAUCACCAAGGAACUGGCCAGAUUACAGCAAAUGGCAUCAAGCAACAAGCUAAAUACUGAAGAUAUUACCGGGGGAACACUGACUUUGAGCAACAUUGGAGCUGUUGGCGGCAAGUUUGGUUCACCACUUCUUAACUUACCUGAAGUUGCAAUUAUUGCCAUUGGACAAAUUCAAAGACUUCCUCGUUUUGAUGACGACGACAAUAUUUAUCCAGCUUCAGUAGCCUCAGUUACUGUUGGAGCUGACCACAGGAUUGUUGAUGGAGCUACAGUUGCUAGAUUCUGCAACGAGUGGAAAUUGUUGAUAGAAAAACCAGAGUUGCUCUUGCUACACAUGAAGUGAUCCUUCUAGGAUGAUAGCGCUGGCUCUCGAUCAACGUAACUUUGGCAUCUUGGAUGCAUAUAUUUAUGAUGAUGCCAUCUCAGAAACGCUGACCGUAAGGUUUUAAAAUAAAGGUCAAGGUAUUAGUUAUCUUAUGUAUUUUAAUUGGGUUAUGAGCCGAUCCCCAAAGUGGCGAUUGUCGAGGAAUGUAUUACUCAUAAAUCAAUUGGAAACUCGUGUUCUCGCCGAA